AUGCAUGUAAAUAAAGAUUCUUAGGAAAGUGAUAUAGAAGAUAAUCCUUAAUUUUCACAAAUUUCAACUAGAUAAGUUGAAAAUAAUAGCGAUAUAUGUUCUGAACUUUAUUUUACUUACAGCGACAAGAGUAAUAUUUUAAAUAACUAAUUCAACUCUGAGUUGAUAUGCUCACAGCAUAAGCUGCCUAUAGAAUAUAUAGUAUUGUGCACUAAUUAUAUGUAUCAUUACUAAAAUUGUUGUAGGAAAUGUUUUAUUAACUAAUAACCUAAUAUUAACACUAUUUAUCGCUUAGACCAUCAUAAGAUAUGCAAAUUCUGCAAUUAAGUCCAUCACAUUUGUUCUCCUAAAUCCUGCAAUAUUUUUACUAUGCAUUUUGAGAUUGAAGAACUUAUUUUAGACUACACUGCUUCUUUCAAGCAGCUUAUAAAAGCUUUUGAUAAAUCUUUAUAGUUAAUUAAAAAUGUGUUACUCUAGAUUAAUUAUAAUUCUCUCAAAAGAGAUUGUUUAUUAAGCUUUUAAAAAUUAUACAAUAAUCUGAAAAAUUCUUGCAUUGAACAUAUGACUUUGAUGGGAAUAGAUGCAAAAUAAUUUUGUAAAUACCUUUAAAGUACAUCAGGGUAGUUUAAUUUUUAGAGAAAUGCAAUUACAUUUGACAGCAUCCACAGAUGCAUGAAUUUUUUGCUUAAUGAAUAAAAGCAGUGGGAAGAUUAAGAACGUCAGAUUGAACGUUUCAUUAAUAAUUAAUUUGAUGGCUACUAAAAUGUAAGAAAAAAAUACAUGAAUGAAGAGCAUGCAUUUUAUUUUAAAGAAGAUUCAACGAAAUUUUCUUAAAAUUUGGACUCAUAACCUAAAGAAAUUUGCUUGAGCUAAAAGAAAGUGGAAAAUGUAGAUGAAGACGAAGAUUCAAUGACUAAAAACAAUACUGAGAACAAAAUCAAUCAUAGUUGCUACUAAACUGCAAUAUAAAAAAAUAUGAAUGACGAGCAUAUAUUUUAUUUAAAAGAAGAUUUAGAGAAACUUUCUCAAAAUCUGGACUCAUAGACUAAAGAUAUUUGCUUAAAGGAGGUAAACGUAUUUGGAGAAGAAAAUUAUAUUACUACUUAAAAUAAAAUGAGUAGCUUUUUCUAACGAGUAUCUAAUGCUCCAAAUUUUAACAGUAGAAUUUAGGGUAUGAAUGGUGGAUGCAGAAGAUAUAGGGGUGAUGAUAACAGUUUAAAUAUACUUGACAAUCCCUUGCUUACCUAGAAGUGUUCUGUAAAAGAUGUACUUUUGAUUUAAAAUAGUUAUGAAAUGCAUUUCAAUAAAUAUAGCAAUCCUCUUUUGUACGAUUACUCGUUUAGUGAUAUUUUUCAUACAAAUUUUUUUUCUUUCAUAAAUCAAAAUCCCAUUAACUGGAAUAAAAAAUGCUUCCACUAAGAAGAAUUCACACCUAAAGAAGCCUCUUUAAUUCAUGACUUGCACUAACAAAUUAAGUUGCUAUUCUUAGAAAGAUAUGAUAGACUAAACUCCUCAUUAAUAGCUUAGACAAAGGCUUCUUUUUAGCAAUCUGAAUUAACUGAGAGUUACAUGACAAGUGCAGAUUACGAUUAAGUAUACAACGAAAAUAUGAAUGAUAAUUUACAAACUACUAACAAAAAUAAUUACUAGUCUUUUUUAAAUUUGGGAGAUAGUGAAUAAAGUAUUAAGUAAAAUCCUAAUAAAAUUAAUACAUAGAUUUUCAAUGAUUAAAUGAAAGUAUUAAAUAAUCAAAAAAUUAAUUCUUCCUUUUAGGGAGAAAAUACGGAUUUAAACUCCUCUUUGAAUAUGCAAUGUAGAUUCGUUUAAAAUUAAAAUUAGUCAAGUUUUAGUAUUUAGAGCAAUAACGAAAAUCCCCUAAAAAAUUUAAAUUAAAGUGAAAUUUUGCUUCAAACUGGAUAACAAAGCAGAUAAUUAACCCCUAAAAAUAGUAAAAAUCAAGAUAAUUUCAGUUCAAUUAGACAAAACGAAUUAUAUUUUUCAGAUAAACCAAGUGAUCAAAUUUUUAAAUAGGAAAAAGUUCAGCUUACAAUGAAUAAUUUCAAUUCAGAGAAUUUUGAAUAAAAACUUCAAUAGAAUUCAUUCUGCUAGAAAUCAAUUAACUCUAGUAAAGAAGAGGAAGAAGAAGAAGAGUAUCUGGGGUUUUAGAGUAACAGAAUAAGUUCCAUUAUUAAAAAUGAUUAAUCUGAUACCUACUGUAAUUAGUAAAUUGAAAAUAAUCAAAUAAUUGAGAAAAAUAAAAACUAGAAUUCAUUUGCAUUCAGCUAAGAAUUAGGCUAUGGUGAAGACGAUGAUAUAACUUAAGAAAAAUGCAAAUAAUAAUUAAAUUUUUGUGAUAAUUAACAACAGCUCAUAAAAUUAAGCAAAUUGAGCAGUGAUGAAAAAAAUUCAGGAUAUUUAGAUAAAUUCAGUAAGAAUUCAAACUCUUUCUAAUCGUCUAAUAGCAAUUGCUAAAGCGACGAUUAAUUAAAUUAUAUUACAGAUUAUAAUGACUUAAACAAAAACAAGAAAAAGAAUAAAUAGCAAUUUAGUUUGGCAGAACUCUCAUGUAAAACUUGUGAUGAUGUGUAGUAAGUUUAACAAGGGAAAUUCUUUAAAUGCGGAAAUGUUUCUUAUUUCGAUUUUAACGAACGUUAUGGAUUUUUCUAUUCGAUGACAGAUACUUGCUCAAUGUAUUUGUUUGAUUUUGAAAAAAAAAGAGUAGUUUAGCAGAUCCUCUCAAAAGAAAUAUCCCAAAAAGAGCACAAUCAAAUCAUCAUUGUUAAAGUUUCCAGCACAGAAAUAGCUGUGUGGUAAGAAGAGCGCUUUUAUGAAAUAAUCAUCUUUAAUGUGUAUACUUAGAAAUUUUACAAAUUCAGAUUUGCUGGUAUUGAUAACUUUUAGGUUGAUGAGUCUGGGCAAAACGAAGCAGAAAUAAACGUAUUUUCUAUUUUUUAAGGCUCAACAAUAGGAAUUCAAUUAAAUAAUAGAUUAUUUAAAAUCAAUUACAAGAAAAGAAAAGUUAUUCGCAUUUACUAACUUUAAAUUUCUAAAUAGCCUUCCAAUUUUCCUUUCCUACACUAUGUCUCCUCAAAUCGUCUCCACUUAGCAGCUUAGGAAUCUCCCAUACGAAGCAUGCACAAUUAAUCAACAUAAACAAACAAUAGUUAUUUUAGCUCACAGAAUAAUAACUAACAUAAUUCAGAAUAAAUUUAAAUUAUUAUUAAUGGUCAGCAAUAACAGUCUUAUAAUAAUUCACAAAAUUAUAGUAGCAUGAAUAACUAAUCUCAUUUAUUAAAUAUUUCUCUCCAGCAAUCAAUUUAAAAUAAUAAUAAUAAUCAUAAUAAUAAUUACGUUGUUCCUUGGACAAUUACAUCUAACAGUGUGGAGAGUAAUGAAAACAAUGACAUUGGAUAGUAAAAUAACAUUAAUUCUUUUGAGUCAGAGUUUGAACCAGAAGAUGUAGUUGAAUAAUUUGAAGAUUUUAAGGUUGUCUUAAAUAGAAAAAGUAACGUCUUUGAUCUCGAAAAAUGCUCACAUUUUAACACUUAGCCUGAUAAUGAUUGCUCCAUUUGCCAACGAAACGUUCAGAAAUUGCAAGUUCCUAGAUACUGUUUGUACAUGCGAAGUGAUUAGAGUAUAUGGUAAAUGAACUUGCACAAUGGCUAAAUGAAUGAGUGGCUUCAAAACGACAACUCUUAAGUUGUUCAAUAGCGCUUUUUCCCUAUCAAUGAAAAUAAGUGGUUUUACUACAAAGACACUGUAGAUGAAUAAUGGAUAAUAGUCUACAAUAAUUAAGUACAGCAAGGAGAAUAUCUCUAAUUAAAAAUGAUGGAAUUCGAUAGGCCGAUCCUAAAUAAAUACUGGCCACUGCUCAAUUAAGAAAAUGAAUUAGUAUUUUUUGACUAUAAAGCAGAGCAAUUCCAUACUAGAAUAUUUGAUCCAGCUGAUCUCGUUUAAUAAUAUAUAAAAAAAUAAAUAGAUCAAUCAAAUGAUGAAGGAAAAUUUGAAGAAUAUGAUAAAAUUGAUAACUACGCAUUCGUUAAGACUUUUGGAAAAUAUUUAGUUUUCAUCCUUUCAGAAGGCGAUAUCUAUUAUAUUAAAUGA